UUCGUGUUCCUAGAUUUUUCAAGAUGAUCUCUCUUUUUUUUUUUUCCUUUUCUAAACUGAAACAAAAUGUAUAAUUCAAAAUAAAUUUAUUUUGUUCAUUGCAUGGAAAGAUGUUGAAAAGUGUAAGUCCAAUGGCAUUCUACGAUAUCGGAGAGCAGCAAUACUCUACUUUAGGGUACAUCGUAAGUAAACCUGCGAUUGGGAAUGGAGGAGUGUACGACUUGGACCCUCCGAUCCCAACCAUCGACGAUGCGAUCUACGGCUCAGAUGAGUUCCGCAUGUACGCUUACAAGAUCAAACGGUGCCCUCGUACCCGCAGCCACGACUGGACUGAGUGUCCUUACGCUCACCGCGGCGAGAAAGCCACACGCCGUGAUCCUCGCCGUUACACUUACUGCGCCGUCGCAUGCCCUGCUUUCAGAAACGGCGCAUGCCACCGCGGGGACUCGUGCGAGUUCGCACACGGCGUAUUCGAGUACUGGCUCCACCCUGCGCGUUACAGAACUCGCGCUUGCAACGCCGGGAACCUGUGCCAGAGGAAAGUGUGUUUCUUCGCACACGCGCCGGAGCAGCUCCGGCAGUCCGAGGGAAAGCACAGGUGUAGGUACGCGUACAGGCCGGUGAGGGCGAGAGGCGGAAACAGUAAUGGGGUGGCGAUGAGAAUGGACGGCGAGGAUUACGACACGUCACGAUCUCCGGAGAAAAGCGGGAAAAGUGUUGGUUUAGAUAGUAACGAGGAGAAGGUGUUGUUGAAGUGUUGGAGUCGGAUGAGCAUCGUGGACGAUCAUUAUGAGCCGUCCGAUUUCGAUUUCGAUUUGGAUUUGUCACAUUUUGAUUGGAUCUCAGAGCUGAUCGAUUAAAUUGUGAAAAUCAAUGGAGAGACACAAAAACCGAUUAAUAAAAGUGGAUUUGAACCCCCAAAAAAAAAAAAAAUCCACAGGAUCAAGAUUCAAGAUGAGAGAUCUUGUCUUGUAAUGUAUAUGGUAAAUUUAAUUGUAAUGAUUUCUAUCAAAAUGUCGUAAAAAGAGUUAUUUCAAUGAUCAUGUAAUUUGUAAGCUGAUUCUUGAUCUUAUAUGAAGAAGUCUAGCAGUUUCGAGAGAA